AGUCAUCAGCGGGUCAUAAUGCAGUCAAAGUGUACGAGUAUCUACUGGUUGCUUGUGUUUUUCCUCUGCAAAAGCACAGGAUUAGCAGCAGAAGUGAAUCCCUAUAGCCAUUGCCCACUCGAUCCCAGGGCGCAUGGUAUUUAUACCAUAAUGAUGCCGAGCAUGGAAAGCUUUCAAGUGUUCUGCGAUGCAAGGAUUGCGGGUCCCGGCUGGACUGUAAUCGCACGUCGCACAAAUGGAGAGUUGAACUUCUACCGCAGCUGGGAGGAGUCUAAAAGGGGAUUCGGGGACCUUGGCGGCAACUUCUUUAUAGGAUUGGAUAAGCUGCAUGCCAUAACAAAGUCAGAGACCCAUGAGCUGUAUGUACACCUGGAGGACUUCGAGGGGAACACGCGAUAUGCCAAAUACGACGAAUUCCUCAUCGAAAGUGAAAAGGAAUCGUAUAAAAUGUCAAAAUUGGGCGCAUACAGUGGGGAUGCUGGUGAUUCGAUGUUUAAAUGCAGAAACCAGAAAUUUACGACCUACGACAGGGACAACGAUCAGUGGCCGGAGGGUAAUUGUGCACAUGAUCGCAUGUCUCCCUGGUGGCAUCUAAAGUGUGGCGAAAGCUCACUUUUCGGCAUGUAUAUGAGGGGCGCCACUGAACCAGGCAUGCUGUGGAAGGGUGUAAGAUGGGCGGCCUUCCAUGGUGAUUACUCACACAAAGUAAUGCAAAUGAUGGUGCGUCAUAAGUGAUAUUCGCUUCAGGAAUAAAUUCAAUCAAUUUUUUUUUGUUUUGCUCCUGAA